UUCGAGUAGAAUGCGGACACCUGACCGGAAGUGUUACAAUGCUAAAAACACUUUCUGCCUACUAGCCCUCAAGCUAAUGUCAGAGUACUGAGUACUAACUGUUGCAUAGCGUUAAUAUAAAUAUAUUGUGACGUAUUUCACGUUGUGUCCGAGAGCAGCGAAGAGCAGAGAUGAUUAAGGCGAUAUUAAUUUUCAACAACCACGGAAAGCCGCGGCUCAUCAGGUUCUAUCAGUAUUUUGCAGAGGACAUGCAACAGCAGAUCAUUCGUGAGACUUUCCAUCUGGUUUCAAAGAGAGACGACAAUGUUUGUAACUUCUUGGAGGGCGGAAGUCUCAUCGGCGGUUCUGACUACAAGCUGAUCUACCGACAUUACGCCACCCUCUACUUUGUCUUCUGUGUGGACUCGUCCGAGAGCGAGCUGGGCAUUCUGGACCUAAUUCAGGUGUUUGUGGAAACGCUGGAUAAAUGCUUUGAGAACGUCUGUGAGCUGGACCUCAUAUUCCACAUGGACAAGGUCCACUACAUCUUGCAGGAGGUGGUGAUGGGAGGCAUGGUGCUGGAGACCAACAUGAACGAGAUCGUGGCUCAGGUGGAGGUGCAGAACCGCAUGGAGAAGUCAGAGGGAGGCCUGUCGGCGGCACCCGCUCGCGCCGUCUCGGCCGUGAAGAACAUGAACCUGCCCGAAAUUCCACGCAACAUCAACAUCGGAGACAUCAACAUCAAAGUGCCGAGCCUCUCCCCGUUCUGAGCGCCGUCCUCCCGUGGAGCGGAGGAAUUGGGUGGAUUCCCUGCCUGCCACUAGAAGCAUCAUCAUCCUCCUCCUCCUCCUCCUCCUCCUCUUCCCUUCUUUCCUCUCCACCACCGCCGCCGCCACACUUGCACUCUCCAAACCACGUGUGUGGCUUAGACGCUGUGAGUCGUUUGUGGUGUCCUAGUUGAAUUUGCACAAUAAUGUCAAUGUGUACUCCAUGUUAAUAUUUAUGUAUGUGUCAUGAGACGGCUGACUUCCACUCCCAUCCGAGAGAAACCGAGUCUACAUAUUUUCCUUCCCAACUGGGCGCUCAUCAUCAUCAUCAUCAUCAACACCACCAGUCCUGCUUUGCAGAUAUCAAAACAUUCCCUUCCAGCCAGAGCGUUGGGACUUAUCCUGGUAACACGAUCCUUUUUGGCUCCUCUAUGGUCUGAUUGCUCUUCUUCCAUCCGCUCGCUCCUCUGCGGACUCUCCUCACAAUCCAGUCCUCCUUCUCGCUGUUAAUCACGCCGACAUCUGCGCCGUUGCAGAGUCACUUGAUUGUCCCUUCAGGGGGAGGCCAGUUCUGCACCUGGAGCCCAUCCCAGGGAAGAAUCCUCCAACUCGGAAGCUUCUGUUUUGUACAAAAUGCGUCCCAUCGACUGUAUUGGGUGGUGA